UUGCGAUACCUUCACCAUUUUGUCUCUAUGUUCCAGGACACAAGAUAUUUCUGUUCACGGCGUACUACGUCACAGCCUCUCCACCAUUUCGCUCUACGUUAUCGUAGCAUUCGUUUAACCCUAAGCCUGGAUGGACAGUUUGAGUCUCAACAAUUAACACAUUGGAAUUUAAAAUCGUAUUUCAUAAUGUCUUUUCUUCAGUCACGCAGUCGACUGGUGAAGUUGUGUGUGGUUUCAGGGGCAGUAACUCUGGUGACAUUCAUGGUCUACUACUACACGCCUGUACAUAAGUUUAAAUCGUACUCCAGCACAAUAAGGUUACAAAAUUUUACAAAAGGUUCACAAAAUGUCGACGAGCCACAAGACCUCGUAACAACAAUGACCGCCACAUUAAUCAAAAUGUUACAAGGAUCUACAGACAUGAAGCCACACAAUGUUACAGCAGAUUGUAAAAAUAUAUGGAAUCCCUGCCGUCCUGAAAAUUGUUCAAAGUAUAUAAGUCAAAGUCCUGAAAAAAGAAUACGAGAUUUAUUGUCACCUAAACUGACCCUAAAUGACCAAGAUCGCCAGCUUAUAUCUUACUUAUCAUACUUGAUACCGGAAAAUGACGUCAUAUUCGCAACCGCAACGUCCAGUAACCACUAUGAUGAGACGCAGUCAAUGGUUCACAGUCUUCACACAGUUGUCUACCCUAGAGUUCAGAACAUGAGUUUUGUUUUGUUAGAUCUAGGACUGACACAGGAACAGAGGCAAAAAACUGAAAAGUCGUGUCGAUGUCAAGUGAUCUCAUUACCUUUCGACAAAGUGCCCAGCUACUUCAAAGAGUUAGGCUUCUGUACUUGGAAGCCAGUACUGAUUAUGGCUUGCAUGAUGAAAGCGAGAAAGUCAGUCGUGUACCAAGACGCUUCAAUCUACUGGAAAGACACGAUUGUUGAUUUUCUAGACAGGGGAGAUAAACUUGGUCUACAAAUAUGGGGAGGUGUAGGCAUGCACAACAUCCCUGUGACCACAUUGAAAGGAACGUUUGACUUCUUUGGGGAAGAGCCUUGUGCCUACCUGAACUAUACGUCCCUUCAGGCUGGGAUCAAUGUAUUUAAACAAACACCUUUUGUAGUUAGAACUAUACUGGAACCUUGGGCUAAAUGUGCCCUAGAACCUGAUUGUAUAUGCCCAGGAUGUACAAGAAAUCACAUCAAUUGUUUCAAACCUAAACAAGAAAUACAUAUGUGUCAUAGAUUUGACCAAUCAGUGUUGUCCAUCAUAACGACCAAAUUGUUUUCAUACGAACGUUACAGAUUCCACAUGCCUGGCAGUGACGCGGAGAAUGGCCGAUAUGUGAACAUUAACAGGGGACAGAGAAACCCAACCUACUUUAACUAACCUCAUUAGAUUUUCAUUGAUUAUGUUUAAAUGUUUUAUGAAAGUGAGUGUAUGUACUUUAUAUAAUUAUACAACACAUAUUUGCACAUAAUUUUGUGUAAAUAUUUUUUAAAAUUAUUUUUAUUGAUCUAAACAUCUUUAUAUUGAUCUAAACCCCUUUAUAUUGAUCUAAACCUCUUUAUAUUGAUCUAAACCUCUUUAUAUUGAUCUACACCUCUUUAUAUUGAUUUAAACCUCUUUAUAUUGAUUUAAACCUCUUUAUAUUGAUCUACACCUCUUUAUAUUGAUCUACACCUCUUUAUAUUGAUCUAAAUCUCUUUAUAUUGAUCUAAACCUCUUUAUAUUGAUCUGAUCUAAACCUCUUUAUAUUGAUCUAAACCUCUUUAUAUUGAUCUAAACCUCUUUGUAUUGAUCUAAACCUCUUUAUAUUGAUCUAAACCUCUUUAUAUUGAUCUAAACCUCUUUGUAUUGAUCUAAACCUCUUUAUAUUGAUCUAAACCUCUUUAUAUCGAUCUAAACCUCUUUGUAUUGAUCUUAACCUCUUUAUAUUGAUCUAAACCUCUUUAUAUUGAUCUUAACCUCUUUAUAUUGAUCUAAACCUCUUUAUAUUGAUCUAAACCUCUUUAUAUACUAAACCUCUUUAUAUUGAUCUAAACCUCUUUAUAUUGAUCUAAACCUCUUUAUAUUGAUCUAAACCUCUUUAUAUUGAUCUAAACUUUAUAUUGAUCUAAACAUCUUUAUAUUGAUAUAAACCUCUUUAUAUUGAUCUAAAACUCUUUAUAUUGAUCUAAACCUCUUUAUAUUGAUCUAAACUUUAUAUUGAUCUAAACAUCUUUAUAUUGAUAUAAACCUCUUUAUAUUGAUCUAAACCUCUUUAUAUUGAUCUAAACCUCUUUAUAUUGAUCUAAACCUCUUUAUAUUGAUCUAAACUUUAUAUUGAUCUAAACAUCUUUAUAUUGAUAUAAACCUCUUUAUAUUGAUCUAAAACUCUUUAUAUUGAUCUAAACCUCUUUAUAUUGAUCUAAACUUUAUAUUGAUCUAAACAUCUUUAUAUUGAUAUAAACCUCUUUAUAUUGAUCUAAACCUUUUUAUGUUGAUCUAAAUCUCUUUGUAUUGAUCUAAACCUCUUUAUAUACUAAACCUCUUUAUAUUGAUCUAAACCUAUUUAUAUUGAUCUAAACCUCUUUAUAUUGAUCUACACCUCUUUAUAUUGAUCUACACCUCUUUAUAUUGAUCUAAACCUCUUUAUAUUGAUCUAAACCUCUUUAUAUUGAUGUAACCUCUUUAUAUUGAUCUAAACCUCUUUAUGUUGAUUUAAAGCUCUUAAUAUUGAUCUAAACCCCUGGCAACUUUUUCGGCCAAUGCCUUUGAACUAUUUAUACACCGUCCUGAUUGCCUAUGUUUGUGUUUGAAAAGUUUUAAUUGACUCACUCCGUCUGUCUGUCCGUCUGUCCGUCUGGUACAGAUUUUGUACACGUUAUUUUCCCUGUUCCCUUUCUUGGAUCUAUCUGAAUGUUUGCACAAUUAUUCCUUGUUCCCAAGAACAUAUAUUUCGCUAUAAAAUAAUUUGGAAUAUUUAUUUUAUUUUCUUCGAUAUAAAAGGGAUAUAAAUCUUCAAGUAUUGAGACUUAUGGCUGUAAAUGUAUAGUUAUUUCCUUUACAAAAGCUUUGUUUAACGUGGUUUUAGUACCAGUAGUGUGGCUUGAUUCUAUACAACCGGCCCCUUCCCCCAGAUACCGUUUUAUUUAACUGCAUCGCACUUUGUUCCCAAGUUCCUGUUUCUGUGAUUCUCAAUUUCAUUUUUCAUGCUAAGCAAAUUUAUUGUUUUUUUUUAUUUCUUUUAAUGCUUUUAUGUUUGACGUUAAUAAUUAUUUCAUAAAAUUCAAAGUUCUUCAUUAUUAUUACUAUUUUAAAAAAAAAACAUCAACAAGUAAACAAUCUCUUUUAGACCUUGGGAUACAUGGGGGAAGAUAGUGUUACUGUACCUAUUUCAGGUACCUACUUACAGUUGCGCCCUAAAAAUCCCGAUAUUCGAAAUCCCAGUAAUCACAGAGAUUGGAACCCAGGACCCUCGGUUCUGAAGCCAAGUGCUCUACCACUCAGCCACCACACUCCUAAAGAGGAAUAUAUCUAUGGUUUACAGACAGAGGAAACGAAGUGAACAAUAAAAAGAUUACAUUAAAGCAGAGACGUAGUCAGCAAAACGUGCGCACAGGGGGGCAAGGUACUUUAUUGGCGCACCCACCCUCCCAAUUGUCCAAAAACAUCCCAAAGAAAUAUAGUAGCAUCGUGCUCCUUUUGCCACCCUCACUACGCCUCUGUAUCACAGUCACAGACCUAUAUAUAUGUAAAUAUAUAUAUAUAUAUAUAUAUAUAUAUAUAUAUAUAUAUAUAUAUAUAUAUAUAUUAUACUAUAAAUUAGAAUGUAAGGCGUAUGUAUGUAUGUAUGUGCUGAGUAGAAAUCAAAACCGUCUGACCAAUCUUGAUAAAACUUUGCACAAAUGUUCCUUGGGUACUAACUUAGACCGUAGUCACGUAGUGUAUGUGUUGUAGCCCUAAAACAAACUUAAGACACUCAAAAAUAAAAAAGUUGACCGACUCUAUGAAAGCAUAGUAUCUUAUAAAUCUAGGCUAUGUUUACCAUGUUGACAUUAGAAAAGAUGGAAAGGAUUUAGAUUUAGAUCUAAUUUUAAGAAAUACACUUUGCUCAUAUCUUUUUUUACUUUGACACAUAAAAAUUACAGAAUAUAGUCUGUUGAUUUCAUUAUUUAAUAAAAUUAAGUUUCAGAUUUGUGA